AACCAUUACCUAUUCUGAGCAUAGGAAAGAAAAACCAAUUUGUUUUUCCUUUUAAAACUCAUUUUUUAUUUGUGUUUUGCUCUCUCUCUAUGGCCAACCUUUUCCAUUCCAAUGCCAAAGGCCUUUCCACUUUGACCUUAAUUUCUAUUCUUUGUCUACUGCUACAAAAUCUGCAAACCACAGGUGCUCAAAUCGGUGUCUGCUAUGGACAACUUGGCAACGACCUACCAUCUCCCGCAGAAGUUAUCGACCUUUACAACCAGAACAACAUCCAAAGAAUGCGACUUUACGCUCCAAAUCAAGAUACUUUUAAUGCCCUUCGAGGCUCCAGCAUUGAGCUCAUGCUUGGCCUUCCCAAUGAUCAGAUUCAAUCUAUGGCAGCGACUCAAGACAACGCUAAUGCAUGGAUUCAAGACAACAUCCUCAACUUUGCCGACGUAAAUUUCAAGUACAUCGUCGUUGGAAACGAAAUAAAAACCAACGAAGAAGCUGCGAGAUUUCUCGUGCCCGCCAUGCAAAAUAUCCAAAAUGCAAUUUCAGCUGUUGGUUUGCAAGGGCAAAUCAAAGUUUCCACUGCGUUCCACACUGGAAUUCUUUCAGCAGAAUCCUUCCCUCCUUCACACGGCUCCUUUGACGCCAACUAUCUUCCAAUUCUCAACCCGACUAUCCGCUUCCUUCUCGACAACAACUCCCCAUUGCUCCUCAACUUGUACCCUUACUUUAGUUAUGUAGCAACUCCAAACAUGGAACUUGAUUAUGCAAUUUUUACCGGGACAUCGUUAGUUGAAGAUGGGGAGUUCAAUUAUCAAAACUUGUUCGAUGCUAUUUUGGAUACUGUUUAUUCAGCUUUGGAGAAGAAUGGUGGAGGAUCAUUGGAGGUUGUUGUAUCCGAGACCGGUUGGCCGACGGAGGGUGGAGAGGCUGCGACGGUUGACAAUGCAAGGACUUACAAUAACAAUCUAAUUCAACAUGUGAAACAAGGGACUCCAAAGAGACAAGGAAGGGCUAUUGAAACUUAUGUGUUUGCUAUGUUUGAUGAGAAUGAGAAGACAACUCCUCCGGAGGUUGAGAGACAUUGGGGUUUGUUCUCUCCAAAUAAGCAGCCUAAGUAUCCAGUCAACUUCAACUAAUUAGGAUCAUCACGUUAAUUAUGCGUUUAAAUGACUAAACUAUACUUUAUUAUUUUGAA